UUGGGCCCUUUGGCUUGCUUAUGUAUUUGUUGAUUAAUUUGGAUUCAUGUACACACAUAUGACUCUCAAAGAGUCUAACAGUUGACGAGAACACAAGUCCACGGAGUCAUCUGUGAUUUGCCAAUUUUAGAUUUAGUCUAUAGGUACUCGUUUUGCAUAACACUGCUACUACUCUGUCCAUCUUCAGUGUGUUACGAAUUUUCUUGAUAUACAUAUCUUUUUUGAUGGAGUCAAAGCUAUAAUAAUAAAUUCAAUGAACAACCCAAUACCUAAGGUAUGUUUAUACCAGAUACUUUAAGAGGCUGUAUGAUCGAGACGGACGUUUCUUCUUAUUUGCAAACAUCAUCAUCGGGACAGGAUGAAUUUCACCCUUUUAUUGAGGCACUCUUACCGUACGUCAAAUCAUUUUCCUACUCUUGGUUUAAUUUGCAAGCCGCCAAACGAAAAUAUUAUAAGAAACAUGAAAAACGUAUGUCAUUGGAAGAGGAAAGACAUUGUAAGGACGAACUGCAGAAUGAAAAAACAGAGGUGAAGCAAAAGUGGGCUUCUCGUCUGCUCGGAAAACUCAGAAAAGAUAUUACACAAGAAAGCCGAGAGGAUUUUGUGCAAUCAAUAAUCGGAAAGCGAAAAUCUAUUUGCGUUCUUUCGAACCCCGAUCAAAAAGGAAAAAUGCGACGCAUAGACUGCCUACGGCAAGCUGACAAAGUGUGGCGACUUGACUUGGUCAUGGUCAUACUCUUCAAAGCGAUUCCUCUAGAAAGCACAGAUGGUGAGCGGCUUGAAAAGAACCCGGAGUGCUUACAUCCAGGAUUGUGUGUAAAUCCGUAUCAUAUAAAUGUUUCUGUUCGAGAACUGGAUUUGUACUUGGCCAACUUUAUAAAUACUCAUAAUUCAGUUACCAAUACGAACCCGACAUUUUCAACACCUUCAGGUGUGAGUUCACCAAACUUGACCUUAUAUGCUCGAAGUAACGAUCUAUCAGACAGAAAAGAUGAGGUCGUUGACAAGAAAAAUGAGGGUGCUAGACAAAAUCCAUACAACGGAGUAGUUUGUAAUGACAUUAUUUUAGCAACUGGAGUAUUUUCAUCGCAAGAACUGUGGACGUUAUCCAAAGAUCUAAUUUUAGACGAAGCAAACGACAAUAGUCUGAACUCUAAUCUUAUUAAAAGAGAGAAUGUUGGAGCUGCCUAUGAGUGCAAUACAUAUCAAAUGAACUCUGAGUCUUCAAUGUCUGCUGCCCAGAGUCUGGUUCAAUCUGGAGCAAUUGUGGCUAAUCCGAUUCCCCUUGGUUAUAGCAUUGACUUUAUAGAUCAGAGGAGUAUGCAUUUGUCACAGAGCCCAUUGUUACGUACAGAAGGCACAAAUGGUGAUGCCCAUGAUGUCAGCAAGAUCGAACAAAACAGCUCGCCACCAAUUACCAGUACUUCAUCAGACAAUGGCACUAGUAGUUUUUCCCUAAUCGUAAGAGCAACAGAUAGCUCCAAUAGAGAUCCAAAAACUCCUACAGAUUCUAACAUUUCACUGCACCGCUAUACUUCACUUAAUAGUAGGCCACUUGCCCAAGCUACUUCACAACAUAAUUGCUCUUCAUUGCAUACAACAUCUACCAGCCCAAUUAAUACCUUGUAUUACCCCCAGCACAAUAAUCCACGAAUAUCGCAGUCGACUUCGGUAGAGGAACAAAACCGUGUUGGAUCCGAUAAAUAUGCAACGGAGCCUCAAGAUAUUUCGGAUUUCGUCACAUAUGUUUGUCAAGAUUCUAGCCACACUACAACAAUAACUGGAUCAGUGGAAAACCAUCCCUUUCAACACACUCAUACACUCCCACACUCACACGUCUCACAAGGUCAUUCGCCACAUUUCCAAAUCCAUCAACAGCUGCGAACUGCAAAAUUGACGACUUCGCCGUCAACUCAUUAUCACAGUACAAUGCUUCCGCCAAUGCUGCCUCCAAUGGCUCGGCCUGUAGCUAUUAUUCGCAGCAGCAGUGAUUUAACACUAGUCCAAUCACCACCUCCUUCUCUGACGCUGGCAAACCAAUUUCCAAACAUAAGCAACAACAACUGUAUUACGAAAAAUAGCCUGGAAACGGAUAAUAUAAGACUUACAAAUACACUAGACAACAGCCAUAGUCCUGUUGAAACUGAAGUUGUGCCACAACACGAAAUAGCAGGAAGUGCAUCUCCUCAACCGCAACCUCACACGCCGGCAUCGACAAGUCCACAAUCUUAUCUUGAUCCUGGCCGUUGUAAGCUUUUAUCAGCUGGCCCCAACAUAAGCAGAAUUACAACGCAAAUAUAUCCAUCAUCGAACAACAGAGAAUAUUUCAACCACUUUCAUUCGCAACCCACAUCGCUUUUAGGAUAUGCAGGCUCCAUUUCCACAAUGUCUGGAGUUAUAAGUCCAACAGACUUAAGCCUUUACUCAGCUCCAAUGGCAGUAUCACGAUCAAGUACCAGGACGAGGUGGAACGAAGGGGAUCAUAAUGUUAUUCCUCAUUCUACAUCUAGUACAAACAUAGAAAACACCCAAGUUAUAUUAAUGGAAGAUUAAAUCAUUUCAGCGUCUGGACGAUAUAUAGAUGAAUACUCAAAUCGUGACUAUGUGUCAUGAUCUAAGCUUAAUUAAAUAAAAGUGAUGAAACUCUUCGGCUUGGGCAUGCCAAAUCAAUAAUAAAAUAAGAGUACCUUAAAAAUAUAUACAUAAAAACCAAAUGCACAUUAAUUUUAUAGAAACUAUCGAUAAUAACACUAACAUGCUUUGAACUUUACUAUAAUUAGACGGACUUAAAAAAAGGCCUUUAGUCAGACGUCUAUAUAAUUACUCCGGUACAUAUUUCAUACUCGUAAGCAAUCAGAGAAAGGAUAUUAAAAAAAAAAAAAAAACUAGCAAAAAUCUGGAAAGUCAUUAGAAGCUGUUUAAUUAUUGUACAUUUCAUUUCUUUUUCUUAUUAAAAAAAUAUUUGUUUACAUAUUACACAACACAAUUUCAAUAAGUAUCCAUUAUAAAAGUAUAGACCUGCACAAGUACACUCGAAGUGUGUUUUAGUCCACUUCAAAAAGGUUGACAAGACAGUUCGAAAAAUGUCGAUUUAUCUCCUUGUUUUUAAUACAUGAAUUGGCUUCAAUCAUAGGAACUGUAAAUAGCGGUUGAGUGUUUUUGUAAUAAUUUGAAAAGUGGAAGUUCUCAUUAAAAAUAGCUUUAACCCGUGCCUAACCCGGUACUUUUACUUAUUGUGGCUAUAUAUAAGUAAAAUAAAUUUAAUUUUUAAAUACUGACUCAAACAUUAUUGAUUAUGGCACUCUAGGCUUUUUUAAAAAUUUAGACAGUUUUCACAGUAAGUUCUCAAAUUUCAAUCAUAGGGCUUAGCUAGUUUUGUUGAGAAGAAAAUGUUAAACAUUUUCCUUUUUUUAUUUAAAAACUAACUAAUAACUUACGGAUUUUCGAAACUAGAGAAGCAAAACUUACAAAUACAAGUUUUAAAAUAUAUAAACUCAAUCCCAGUGAUAAAAUUGUAUAAUUUAUUAAUUUGUACUUUUUUUUCACACCACUAAAAUGUAAAAUAUGUUAUAAUUUUACUGCAAGAUUUUAGUGAACAGUAUUUAAAAUUUUAAUGCAAUAACCUUUCGAAUUUAUAAUUUAUUUUUGUUCCCCCUUAACAUUUCACACAUGUUAACCAUUUUUUUAAACACUUUUUGGGAAUUUUUUUGGAAGCAGUAAAAUGUUAUUACUUGACUUUUUCAGUUAUUAUUUGGUACAUACCUUACGAAUUUGAACAAAAUCGUUUUCAGAAAUCAUAGUCGCCAGUUCGAAAAAUAUUUUUCAAGAAAAACGAGUUUGAAUGUUUAAGUACGAAUGAGGGCUUCUCAGAGCUAUAACUUUUACAAAGAUAUAGCAAUCGCUUCACCCACAUACUCUGAAUAUGUUUAAGGUAACUUAAAUGAAAAAUAUAAAAUUUGGAUUUUUGAAACAAUGUUUUUAGUAGUUAUCAAAAUCAAUUUUAUUAACAUUUAACUUUAUUGGAAAAAAUUUUUUUUUGUCCAUAUCAAUAGUUUCAAUUGUUUUUAAAUGGCAGCGUUCUAAAGCUUGCCUGAAACCUUAACUUCGUUUAUCUCGAAAUGACAUUUUGGAAACUGCUGACAUCAUAACUUGACUACAAGUUGACCGAUCGGUUUCAAAAUGACAUUCAAUCAUCAUAAAUAGGUCCUACCUACAAUGACCUACGAACUUUUGGAUUGGUUAAAAAUUGUCCAUUUGGCAGAAUUUAAAAAACUUUUUUGCUUCCUUUAGUCCCGUUAUUUCUCAAUAUUGCUGUAAAACAAAAACCUUACACUGGUAUAGCCCCUUUAAGUCUUUAGCAGUGUAACUCAAUUUUUGCAGGAAUAUAUUGAUUAGGCUUUUUAUAAAUUUAAAUAAGGAAAACCGAAGCUAAAAUUAUAUUUUUCUAGUAGCCGUGCUGAACAAUAACUAAAACUCUUAUACGCAUAUAAUAAUUUUAAUAAAAAAAUAAUUUUCUGUCAUAAGAUUUAAUCAAAACAUAGAAAUUUAAACUUUUAGUUACUAUUCUUCGAAAACUUAGCUUUGGAUUUAUUUUGAUGCUGAAUUUAGAAUCAAAUGUCGAACAUUUAAGAAAUAUAAUACAGACAACGUCUUGACAAUAGUAGCACUACUAAUGAAAGUAUAUAAUAAUGUUUAUAUAUUAAUUGUAAGUGGACAUAAUAAACUAAUUUCUAUCUUAUAUGCUCAAUAAUUAUAAAAAUAACUUUAGUUAAUUGAAUAUGUUUAAUGACAUGAAACAGGAAAAACUUAGAGGAGUUUCCAGUCUCUUCCUGUUUUAUUUUUAGAAAAUGUAAAUGGAUAAGUAUUUAAAAAAAGAAAACGGAAUUAAGAUAUUGUAAGAAAA